UUGUCUUGGGCCGGAAUUGCGCUCGCUGGACGCGCUCUGCGCUUUAUGGAUCGAGCCCCAAGCCCUACUUUACCUCGCUUCAGUCGACGUCCGGCGGGGCCUGCGUCGCAGCGCUCAUGGACGAUUCACGAGGCUAGCCGGGCGGCCUCUCGACCGACCCCAGGUGGGUUCCACUGACAUGUCAACGUCGGUGCCUUGGCUUCCAUCGACGAUGGCUUCCUGCGGGCACUUGUCUCUGAUGCGAGCUGCGAGAAUUGGAUUGCCGUUCCAGUUGCUGUCCUCGGAACUUUUGCCGUGCGAAGUGCGGAACACGCGAGGUAAAUUCUGCCGGCGAUCGUCUGCUCCUUUUACUGCGCAUACGCAAGUGGCGGAGGAGUUGACAUCUGAUGUUCGACGAGUGGAGACUGAAAAGCCUCAACUUACAGUCGCCAAAUCAUUGGUAAAGUCCGGAGUAGGGCUGCAUUCUGGAGUUUGGGCCGAGGUGAAGAUUUUGCCAGCAGCUGCAGGGGAAGGCCGGUACUUUGUCGUGCGGGACACUCACGGCGAUGAGAGAAGUGAUCGAAUUCCCGCUGCCCUGUCAUAUGUCAGGGACACAACGUUGAGUACUUGGUUGGGAGGACCGACGAAAAAGGGUGUCGGAACAGUCGAGCAUCUGUUGUCUGCCUUGGAAGGGCUUGGAGUCGAUAAUUGUCGCAUAGAAUUAACAGGGGGAAAUGAGGUACCACUAUUGGAUGGAUCGGCGCUGCAAUGGGUCGAAGCUAUAGAAGAUGCAGGCUUGUCGAUUGCGCUAGAUAAGCAAGGUACUUCACAAUCGAGAAAGGUUCUUGUGAUAAACGAACCAAUCACUGUGUGCCAUGGAGAUUCUUUCGUUGCAGCUUUUCCAGCUGCAUCCAGUCGCUUAACCUAUGGCAUAGACUUCCCCCAGGUGCCAGCUAUUGGUAGACAGUGGUUCACUUGGUCAGCUGAUGACAUUGGUGCUUACAAAAGCGAGGUCGCUCCGGCACGUACUUUUGGUAUAUUUGAGCAGCAGUUAUCGUGUCAAAUAUCUGUUUAGGAGAAUGUGCGCUGCAUUGCAGAUCAAACAACUACAAGCUGUUGGACUCAUUAAAGGCGGUACAUUGGAAAAUGCUCUUGUAUGCAGCAUGGAAACAGGCUGGGUCAAUCCUCCCCUGAGGUUUUCUGACGAACCAUGUCGUCAUAAACUCCUUGAUCUACUCGGGGAUCUGGCUUUAUGUGCGUACAAUGGACAUCCAGGUCUACCUGUAGCUCAUAUCGUAGCUUACAAGGCUAGUCAUGCUCUGCAUAUCAAAUUCGGAGAGGCCUUACAGCAGAGAGGAACCUGACCGUUUCUAGGGAAAAGUUCUGUGGCAUAUCUCUUCACAUCAGCUCUUGGAUAUUGGUCCAUUGAAGUGGUCUGCAACGCAUGGGAAGUUGUUAUUGAGGCAGACGGCGACAUGGGAUUUUUUUGAUAUGGAUAUGAGUAACUCGAAAAAAAGUUAUACCUAGGACAGAUCAGCAAUAUAAAUGAUGAUUUAACUUUCAUUUAUCAGAGUGGUAAAGGGCUGGGGGUUUGCAGCAGUAUCACUUGAAGGAGCGCGGAGUUGGACGCCUUUCAUAUUUAUUCGCCUGGGCAGCCCUUGUACAUGAAGAUUUAGCUAUGAGAGGAACUGUCUGUUGCACCAUGGUCACAAGAUUCGACCAUAGUGUCUGUAUGUUAAAGGAACUGGUACUAAGUGUAUAUCCACUUAUUUGUAAUAUUAUCUCAAAGCGGUAUCCUGUGUCCUG